ACAGACCCACAACAAGACCGCCACCGGGCAGCACGACGGAAGACAAAAAUAAUUAACAAGAACAACUCAGUUCGAAUCACCAGACAACCAUGACGGAAACAUUCCAGCGCUACGAUGACGAAUUCCAGAGCCUAACGCGGCAGAUCAAGGCGGCCUUCAACGCGAACAGCGGAGGCUACCGAGACGAGGAAGCCGGCGAAACGGCGAAUCCCGGCGAGGCCAUCGAGCAGUGCGAGGAGCUCCUGCARCAAAUGGCCCUGGAGGCCCGGAGCGUCCCCGAUGCCUCCCGGAAGCGSGAGCUGCUGGUCCAGGUCCGCAACUACAAGAGCGACCUGCAGACGCUCAAGGACGAGGACAACAAGCGAUCGCUGAUGGCCUCUGCCCGGGGCAACGGCGCCGGCAGCGGCAGCGACGAGCACCGGGAACGGAUGCGCAAGCAGCAGGAAAUGCUGCAGAACCAGAACAGCCAGCUGGACUCGGCCCGGCGGGUCCUGCAGGAGACCGAGCAGGUGGCCCUGGAGAUCGGCGAGGAGCUCUCGAACAACCGGGCGACGAUCGAAUCGGCCCACGGGCGGGUCCGAUCGGUGGCGUCGAUGGCGGGGAGGGCGAGGCGCGUCGUGGCGUCUAUGAACCAGAGGGCCGCGCAGCAAAAAAUGCUCCUCUACGGGCUGGCCGUGGGCGUGGUCAUCCUGUUCUUCGUGUCGGUCCGGUUUCUGAAGUAGAUGCUACGCAACGCAACACAACACAAUACAACACGCAAUGCAAU